AUGGGUCAAAUAGCGAGAGCAGCACUUUCGUCAGUGCUGUCCGCGGCAGUGGUUUCGGCGCAGUCAAGCUGUAUUUCUCUGCAGGGAUCGACGACAUGUUCAGCUUUUCAGUCAGCAUCCGUUUCGACUACAGGCUUUGUGGCGGGGAUUUUCCCCUUCCUUCAAUAUGUGUCCAGCAGAGAAACAUUUGAUCAGCAGAUGUCGUCUUAUCUUGAGACAACAUACGUGCGGGAGAAGUAUCAAACACUACUUGGCUGUAGCAACGUCAAUCUUACCAACCCGGACGAGCUAUAUGCACGUUUCACGGCUACAGUUGUCUGCAACUCAAUUGUUCAGAAUUCGAUCGACGCAUGCAAUUUGACUGCAUCCAACUCACGACCCGUGUGCGCCGACACUUGUGCCGAAUUCGCACAAAGUGAGGCUCUGCUCACCUCGGACAGCAGUCUCUGCGGUAACCCGGGCAGCAAUCUCGUCAAUCAAAUUCGAGCAGACUUCACCAACUGCGCUCUGCCUGCCGGCUCUCUGUCAUCUUCCAACUGCAUUCAAGGCGUCGCCAACGAGAAGGAGAACUGUGGAUACGGCAACAGCACCGUGGGAUUGUGCUCCUAUUGCGCAUCUGGUGGUAUUAACUCUACUGACACAUGCUGCUACAACUCGAACAUCGACCAGCGUUGUGCCGGAGUCACGCUACCCUCCAUUUUCCCUACUAUGACCUUCGCACCCCCAACGGCAACGGCGACCCCGAGCCCGUCAAAUACGGCAGCUGCAUCCAAAGAACUAUCAGGUGGUGCCAUUGCCGGUAUCGUUAUCGGCAGCGUGGUAGGCGCCCUGUUGCUUGCCGGCCUCAUCUUCGCAUGCAUCUUGCUCGCCAAAAGAAGAAGACGUGGGAGCCAGAAAGGCAGUGUGUUCAACCAACCGUCACCCUCUAGGCAAGGACCGUCUACGGUUAAGAUAGCGCCGGCCCAGACCACGAGCGGAUACGAAGUCUUGCCCGGCGGCCGAAUCGCCCGAAUGUCAGCUUUGGAGAGCGCAUCAGACCCGGCUCCUGUCCCGCCUAGCCGCAACAGUGGCCCCCUCAUGGCCGUCGCCGCUGGAGGAGCAGCAGGAUAUAUGACGGGCAGAAGGAGAGGCGACGAUCCGUCUUCAUCCGAAUUUGGAGACAGCCCCGAGUCGGAAUCCAGAGCUGGUGUUCUACGGCCCCCUCCCACUAACAUCCGGAGGACGGGGUCUCUAUCUAGUAGCUCAGUCCUGGCGGAUCCGCAAUCGCCAACGAGCGCCGGAAUGUCGUCUCCACAAGGCAUGGCCAGCCAGCAAUCUGAGCAGCUGCCAUUCUUCAAGGAUUACUACUCUCAAGACGACAUCCACCCCGGUGAUAGAGUCGCUACACUCUGGGCCUAUCAACCCCGUGCCCCCGAUGAAUUUACUCUCGAACGCGGCGAUAUGCUCAAGAUUGUGGGUAUCUGGGACGACGGUUGGGCAACGGGUAUUCUGGUGGAUGAGCGGGCCGAUGAAUGGGAAGCUCGACGACAGGCCCAACGAGACAGCGGUGUUUCCAACACUUCUGGCCGGCAUCAGGACAAUUCGCCGCCCGUGAGCGGCGAGAUCAAGGCCUUCCCCCUCGUUUGCGUUUGCUUACCGGAACACUGGAGGAAAACUAUUGAAGGGGAUGUCUCGACAGAAGGUUCCAGCGCUCACCAAGGACACUCAUCUUUUUCAUGA